AUGACCCCGGCAGCAGACCUCUGUCAGAGUUUUGAGAGCAACGGCCAAGACCCACGCUCACGCCCCCGCUGUGGGAUUGCCACGGCUACGGGCGUCUGCACCCGGCCAUUUUUCUAUUUAAUGUGUUAUGAUUUGGGGAUUAGGUCAACAAUGAACAUAUGCCAGCUUUUUUUGCUGAAGAAUUUUGUGGUGUUUGGAAAAAUAAUGAUGGAAAAAUGUGCAAGAGGAGGGAACGGAGAGUUGAGCAGUGGAGAGAGCUGUGGGGAGUGAAAUGUUUAUUGUUGGAGCACUGCCACGCUGUUUGAAACAAUUGGCUAAGCCCGCUAAGAGGAGGCGCUGGGCCUCACAGCUGAGAAAGCCCUUCUAGCUCAGAGCUCUAGAUUCAGCCUUGUCACUCGGUCCAACCUGGGUUGUCAGAAAGUCCCAUGGAGAUGUUACUACAGAGGAGAACAUCUUGUACCCCUGCUUGUUAUUGUCCCUGUCCACUAAGAAUGUGAUGAUGAUGGAAACUUGUGAAUGUCUAGUUUGUCUACAUAGGCGAGCCGGUAUGAACAGACGCAUUCACGCACACACACACACACUGCGACGAGUCCUGAGGGGAUUCUGCACUUUCCCUGGCAUUUAUUCACUCUGUGGUUUGUGUCUCAGUGAAGCCCGCUCGGAGCAUGCUCGCUACUCAUCCACUAAACCCCUCAGUCUUUCACUCUGCCUCUCCCAGAGCUGUGGUUUUGGCCUCUGUUCUCAGCUCUCUCUUUCUUUUUCAAUCAGUCUUCCCCAUCUGUCCAGUUAGACCUCCCUCCAUUCCAUCCAUGGUCUUUCUCACUCGUUCUUGGGUUCGGACCAACCCUGCAGCGAGGCAACUAGCCAGCCUUAGUGUUCAUUCAGCCUAGUCCAGCCCAACCCAGCUCCGCUGCACUAGACAGUUUUUGAAUGGAAAUUGACACUGGCCGGAUGUUUACAUUUGAGAGGGACCCCUAUUAAAGGUAUGCAGUGUGUGUGGUCAAUGGCCAAACACAUGAGAGUGGUUAUCAAGGCUUACUACAACAGGGAGCGGGUAGGAGAGGGUCAGGCCCUCAAAGGAACUGAAAAAAAAUGACAGGCUGUUUUCUCUCUCCUCCUCCCAUUGAGCGGGUCACUCAGCUGUGCUAAAUGACAAGUGGGGUGAUUACAAAAGAGGAGCUCUCUCCUCCAGUGGGAGACCCCCACACCCUGGUCAUGUGACCCUGAUAGUCAGAGGAGGCAGUCGCCGUUGCCGCCACGCCACAGGAUCAAGACCUUAUCAACAUCACAGAUAUGUUGUGUAUGGCAACUUUACCCCAUCCAUUUGCUGACGCUUGCUCAGGCGGUAUAUUUUGCUAAUUCGUUCGUGAGGUAAACAAGUUUACGUCGUCUACCUACUCAAAUGUCAGUUAUUAGCCUAUGUCCAAUUAUUUGAACAAAAAUAGGAGAAGCACCAAUGUGGCCUGAAGUAUCCAUAUUGGCAUGAUUACAGAGACACAUUUAAUUGAAGUACCAUAUUGUGCUCAACCCUUACAAAAAAUAUUGCCGUUUUGAAAUUGCAGUAAAAGUGCAGUAACUGCAGUCGACUGUGGUAUUUUUGGACGCAGUAAUUGCAGAAUAACUGCAGUGAACUGCAGUGAUACUGCACUGUAACUGCAUUUACACUGCAUAAUUACUGUAGUAAAAAAACAGUGUUAUUUUGGACUCAGUGUUUGCAGCAUACUGCAUUGUACUGCAGUUAAACUGCACUCUGACUUCCAUCUUUUUUCGUAAGGGAAGGCUUUGUCCUUAUUGGAACAAGAUGAUAACAUGAUCACUUUUGAAAGCCCAGCACCACCACAGAUUUCAGCGCUAAGCACCAAAGUCAAAGCUACAAUGUUCUAGCUAGCUUUGUGUGUGGGAGAGCGUAAUCCAAUGCCACAGAAAGGCUGAGUCACGAUGGUGGAGUUUAUCAGUUACCAUUUCACAGGAAAGGGAUUUUAUUCCUUUAUCCCUGCAGUCGAUCAGCACUGUUCCUUCUCCCCUCCUCACUUGAGCAAACACAGAUUAAGGCCUUAAUCAAACACUCAUAAUCCUGUCUCACUCUUGUCAGCACUGUCAAAGAUAUUAAAUAAUCCCACGCAGCUCCCGUCAAUACAAUGCCUUUUAGACAGCCAUUAAGAACAUAAACUCUCUGUCUCUCAGGCUGGCUAGGACUGUGCACUAGCGGGUGACACGAACACAGACCCUUUUCUCGCCCUUCCUCCAUUUACAUAGAUGGCUUUUGUCCACUGUGGUCUAUUUGACCUGCAGUUGGUGAAUGGACAAAGUAUAAUACGACAAGUUAAAUGAGAAUGGUGCCCGGUAGCAGGGGUCAUAGUGCCUGGGGGCCUCGGAGGACCUGCAGACUUGUCCCACCGUGGGGGAGGGGGGCCUCAAGGGUGCAAGGGAGGAGGAUUACGGGGGCCAUGCCCGCCCAUUAAUGAAAGGCCGUCCACCGGGGUAAAGAUUAAACUGGUGACCCAGGCAGGAGAGGCCCCAGGCUCCCUCUGGGAGCUUGUCAGCUCUUUGUUGCCAUUAAGGAGGCCUUUGAUGGGGGAGGUGAAGAGGGGUUAGGGGAGCAGGGCUGGAGGUGGUGGUGGAGGUGGUCUUUGUUGCUCUGCGGGGGCAGUGGGAGGGAAAGGGAUGUGAAAUGACAAGUUUCCUAGCUGCUGCACUUGAGAAUCAACAUGGGGGCAACCGGUUCAUGUCUCUCCUAGCUUCUUUCUCACUCAGUGCAUCUCGCUAUUUCACUUUUUUUGUACUCUCUUUUCUGUCUACAUUUCUCUCUCUGUCUCUUUCUCUUUUGCUCUUGUCUACUUUAUCUUUCUGGACCCUUCUGGUUCCUCAGAUUGAUACAAAUGGGCCAGGCUAACGCAGAUCUUUUUAGCAAACAGUGGGAAGGGGAUAAACCAAGAUGGAGCAGGAGGGGGAUUUAGAGAUUUCAGAGGGGGGUUGGUUGCCUAGUUCACCGAGACUACUUGACUCCUUCACACAUCCACUCACACACACCCUUAUAAAGUCCUGAAAGAUUUGCAACUCAGCCAUGGAGAAGGAAAAUGAAUUGCCCCCAAAUCCUCCGAACCCUAUCUGGAGAUCUGCUCUUUACGCUCUCUGGAUGAGUAAAACCCCGGCGAGCUGAGCUUUUUGUCUGAGUUUGGGCUUGUCUGCCACGCCAGUUUGCUGCUCUUGGCAAACGCAGUCUGCAGAGAGGUAUGCAAAACAGCCGCUGAAAGUCCCACACCGCAAGUAUGAAAAACAGCCAGGCUUUCUCUCUCCACAAUGAGCAACUCUCCAACAGGACUGUCUCACAUAUACAAGCCCUACAAACCCCAGGCAGGCUCGCUGGGAGGGGAAACACAGCUGCACACAGAGAGAAAGAGAGAGACUGACACACAUUGUAUUGUUAGCCUGAGAAGACUUCAUGUUGCAUAGUCUCCCUCCGUGUUCAGACUCUGUUCUGUUCUGGGAAGGUUCAGUGCCUGGGGGUUAUGUGUAGUGUGGAAGUGAGUGAGAGAGUUUUUUGUUUUCUAGUCGAAAAACUCCCCAGUGCUUGUGUGGUGGGUCAUCUGGUCCUUUGUAGCGCAUGGUGCUUGUAACGCCAGGCUAGUAGGUUCGAUUCCUGGGGCCACCCAUACGUCAAAUGUAUGCACACAUGACUGUAAGUCGCUUUGGAUAAAAGCGUCUGCUAAAUGGCAUAUAUUAUAUUAUACUAAAUGGAGACUAGUCAUCGCUGAGUCAUUGUCCAGUGCGCCAACCAGCCAGCCCUUCCCCCACUGCCACCCUGCCCUUAUUAUCUCUUCAGUGAGGAAUAAACUCAUAAUCGUCUAAACCUCAAAGGCCCUUGAAGCUCAACAUGCGGAAGUACGGAGAUCACUUUGUUUACAUCUUUGCUUUGUGUAAGUCUUAUCGGUUUCACGCUCUCGUGAGUUUCUAUCUUCACUAAGUGAAAGACCAGGGUGAGAACAAAGGCUUUGCAGGUAUUUCCAGCAACAACUACUGCAUUCCAAGCGAAAAGUGCGAGGGAGACAGGGGCCGAGAGCUCUCUGAGCUUAUAAAAACUGAAUUAGCCUUCAAGACGCUGUCAGACAUGUAGCUCUAAUGCUGGCAGACUCGGGUUACCACCAACGACCUAUCUGGCACACAGAGGUCACUAUCAGGGGAGAGGCUUGACGCGAGCUGCAGGCUUUCAGGCCUGAAAAGCAGCACUGUGUGGGCUUUUUUACCACUUGUUUUUUCCUCACGAUGUGGCUACGAGAACAUAGGCUAGGUUACACUUAUUCAUAUACACACACACAGCUCACACACUUCAACCCACACCUGUGUUUUUACAAUUAUAUAUGUGAAUUCAGGGACUUCCCUCGCCUGCUUAAAGCACUUAUGUGAUUUCAGGGACUACAUGAAUGGUGUUUAAUAAGCUCAGAAAUGGACCGAAUCAGAUUUUUUUAUGCCUUGGCUCAGACUUUCUUUACGAGGCUCCGGUGUUGAACCUCAGAGUUGCGUGCCAUUUGAAAUAACAUUUGCGCGCCAGAGCAAAUGACAUGGAAUUGGCAGAGGGUUUUGUUUGUCUUGCACCUUGCCCAGGCAAUGGGCCCCAGGUUCAAUUUCAGUGGUAAUGGUUACCUUUCCAGCAACGCGCUGAUGUCAUGCUAACUGAUCGCAGAUGGGAUAAUUGCUACCAAGGCGGUUCUGUGUAACGUCUGCCUGGAUGUAAAUUCGCGCACAUUUAUCAUUGUUUGUUUGAACGGCUAGUCUCGUUGAAAAUAAAUGUUUUUCUCAUUGUAAUGUCGUGAACUUUUUUCUAUUGCCGUUUUACUGCUCUGACGAAAACCAUGCACGGCAAUAAUAGUUAGAAUCUAUUGGAACGGUUGUAAAGCACAGCUAUAGGCUUUUGAGUGAAUGGUGCUUAUUCCCUUUUUUGAAACCAAACCAAUAUUGUACACUUGAGUUAGGCAACAUUAUCUUGAGUGUGCUGUGUAAACACAAUCAUUGUGACUGAGAUUUAUGAGAGAAGCUGCAAAGGCAAAACGGUCAGCUGAUGGAGUUCAGGUCAAUUAUGAAAGGCAAGCCCCCGGGGGAAUGUCUCAAUGAAAUGGAGUGUGUGUGGUAGUGAUUCUAUGGAAGCUCAUCCUGUGAUACCAACUGCCGCCUAGUGGUCCAAGAGCGCAUGGCAGUUUCUCUCAGCAGCCAAGCACGCAGACGAGUCGAGCCUCAAUCCUCCACUCCCCCUCACUCUUCUAGUAUCAAAGUGUCUGCCAUCCAAUGCACAAACCAUUCGAGAGACAAAUUGAUGGCGACAGACCUGGGCUCUCACAACCAGGGAACUCUUUUAUAUGCCUCAGCUGUUUCCUUCCCCGACACGAAAAUACAACCUUUUUUUUUCUGUGGAGCCUCUGCAGUCUGCAGGCAGCAAUGUCAGAUGGAGGACACCGUGCCCCUGUUUUUUCCUCCUCCUUCGCUCAGCUGCAUACAAAUGGCCGUCUGUCAGUGUACUGUGCUGCUCUUAGGCUGUAAUCAGGAACUGCUCUGUUCUAAUGGAGGGGUGAGGGGUGUGUGUGUGUUUUAGCAGUUCCAACAGGGGAACCAGCAUGCAGCAUGCAGCAUGCUGAAUACUAAACAGUCCCGAUAUUUUAUUCAAUACUCUGAGAUGACAUUCAUUUCAGAUUUACCUGAAUGUUGCUUAGUGCUGUCUUUUCUCUUGAGGAAUUAAUAUGAAACCAAUGAUUAGUGUGACAGAUUUGAGUAUUUUUGCUAAUAGUUAGCGGUGCGAUUAUAUGAUCUGUUUAUUGUGUGUGUGUGUGUUGCAUGAUGGUUUAGACUUUUGGCUGAUGAAGGAAGACAUGAGAUGACAGUUCCUCUAUGAUCUUCAUUCCUCAUCGUGCCCCCUCUCCUCCUCCUCCCAGGUAUGCUGGUGGUAAACGUGACCUGGAGAAACAAAACCUAUGUGGGAACCCUCCUGGACUGCACCAGGCACGACUGGGCCCCGCCAAGGUAAGCAUACAGUAACUCAAAUACACACACUCACUCAAAACAUACAAACCCACGCAUGCACACACACACGUUCAAACAGAACAUACAGUCUGUCAGACACUUGAAAACAGACAGAUACUGGUAUGAAGGGCCUCGAGGGCAGAUUUCCCCCAUAGCUUUUCCUGUGCUCGGAGCUAGCCAUUAUGAAUGAAAUACCAUUGGGUAACAUCUCAGAAGCUUUUCCCCCCACUGACACAGGGGUUUUGAAAUGCAACAUCAGGGGUUGGAUUGAUUUUUCUCCUCUGCCAUCGAUCCUGUCAAGAGGCACCACAGAGCUGGCUGAGCCUUUCAGCCUUUCACAGACUUCUAAUUAACACGUGUAAUGACUGUAUGCCAGCACCAGCAGCGCAAGCCUCCCUCUAUGCUUAUGCGCGAGUGAAGUGAGUUCGGAAAAAAACUGAAAGUAUGCAUCUUAUAAAUAGUUUUCACAUACAAACUUUUUAUGUCUCAGAAUCAAAUAAGCUUCCCAAAGAUAACAUGGUGGAAUGUUUAUUUUGAUAGACAAUUUUGUGCAUUUAUCAGAAUCCAAUCAGGUAGCCUGAUUUCAGAUGUGUCAUGUCAACAAGAUUAUUAGGGAAAUUGUUCUUCUCACAAAGCAAGAACAUUUUGCACUGCUUUGGUGGAAUUCUCCGCUCUGUCUGACCUACAUUCCCCUCUUGCGUUCUGCAUCUAACAUAUUUAUUAAAAUAGGCUAUAGCAAAUGGGAAUAGGCAAAUUACUCUGAAUGUAAUUUGAGUGCUGCCCUGCUGUGCGCUGCGAGACUCCAUUCUUUACUGCUCAAAAUGACCACCUGAUGUGGGCAUAAACAUUUUAUUUUGAAUCAAACAUUUUUAAACGGGAUUUCUAGUCAAGUUCAAAAAGGCUGAACCAUCAUCUGUCACAUCACGAUGUCGUCAAGAUCGACGAUGCUGUCGUAAUAUUCCCCAACCCUACAAUGAAUAUAAGAAUAUAAAGAGUCGAUAGGUAAUUGCUUCACCAUGUGUUGGUAAGUAAGAUUAACAAUUUCUAUAGUACUGUAAGUAAUCGUCCUUCAUCUCCAUAGCUUUGUGUGGUACACAGUAAUCUUCUCAUGUAAUUUAACUAUGUAUUCAACCAUUAAUCCAAGUUGCAAUUUGUCAGUGGUUCAUGUAGAAAAACCCAGUCUCACAUGCUAUCGUCACAGAUCUGAUCUACCCUGCAGCUGCCUUUCCUGACGUGCAACAUGUCAUUUGAUAGAGCUCUGUGACUCUUCUCUCUCUGUCUCUCUCGCUCUGUUCCCUGUUGGCUGGUGUGUAAAAGGGGGGAUGUUAUCUCUUCCUAUCUGAUCAGCUGCUACGUCACCCUGGCCUUAUCUGUCCGAGCCCCGUGGCGCUUGGCAAUCUGUCAGAACACAUCGGGCUGUUGAGAUUGGGGGGAUAACGAGAGGAUCAGAAUCCACGUCCAGGGCCUGUAAAAAAAAGUUCUGGGAGUGUCAGAAAUGUUGAGCCUUUAUCGUGUCUGGUGUUACGAGCCGAUCCCGGUUACUGACUAAUAGAGACACUGCCAGUAUGCAUACAAUAAUACGAUUAUUGUGAAUAGUCAGAUUCAUAUAAUAGUUUGAUUAAAACGUUUACAUGCUUUGCAAGAAGAACGAUUGGGGGGAUGUAAUGGGCGAUAGGUUGAUAGAUCUAAUUCUCUGGUUUUGGUUCUCUUAGGUUCUGUGAGUCCCCCACCAGCGACUUGGAGAUGAGGAACGGCCGGGGCCGGGGGAAAAGGAUGAGGCCAAACGGCAACACUCCUGUCAACGAGAACAGUAACUCAUCAGACAACAAGGGCAGCGGCACCAGCAAGACUCGCGCCGCCAACAACAGCAGCAAGGGCCGGCGGGGCAGCCAGACGUCGUCGGAGCGCCGCACACCACCCAACAGCAACACGGAGGAUGUCAAGGCCAGCUCAUCGUCAGCCAACAAGCGCAAGAACAAGCCUGCCUCGGACAUGGAGCCAAACUCCAGCUCGGAGGACACCAAGGGCAGCAAGCGCAUGCGCACCAACUCCAACAGUGGCCCCAGAGGAGUGCCCCACCUGUCCCACGCCGGCUUCCAGGGCAUCCCCACCAUUAAUGCGGAGCCCCUUCCCCCACCACAACUCGACCGCAACUGCCCUUCUCCGGUGCUCAUCGACUGCCCGCACCCCAACUGCAACAAGAAAUACAAGCACAUCAACGGCCUCAAGUACCACCAGGCCCGCGCCCACAACGACGACGACAUCAAGUUGGACAUGGACGGGGACAGCGAGUACGGAGAGGACUCCACUCUUCACCCCGAUCCGGGCAGCUGCAACGGGGCCUCCAUCUCUCAGAAGGGAUGCUUGUCCCCGGCCCGUUCGGUCACACCCAAGGGCAGGGGCUUCGAGGCCCAGACUCCGUCGCCCUCCUCUGGGAAGUUUGGCUCCAAGCAGAGUAAAAAGAAGCCCUGCGAGGCCGACCCGGAGGCAGGUGGCAUGGCCAUGGACGGCUGCGAAGAUGGGCCCUGCCUAACAGAUGAGGCUAGCAAUGACGGCAUGGACGACAAGAAAGACAGGGCCAAGAAGUCGGGUAGCGGCUCCAAGGCGGACAAGCUGGCCCAGAAGGGCAUGAAGUCAGCACGGCCCAUCGCCACGGCCAUACCACCUCAGCAGCUGUACUCCCUACAGACGGCCGGCGGCUUCCCUGCAGCCAGCCCCGGCUCCACCCCCGCCUUGGGCUCAGUGGUUCAGUCCAUUCCCAAGAGCCCCCAGCUGAAAGCCAUCCAGCCCAAGCCCUCGGCCCUGGGAGACCCCUCGUCUGUGAACCCAGCUCUGAGUGGCUCGAAGGACAAGAAGAAGAAAGACAAGAAGAAGAAGGAGGCGGGAAAGGAGGGAGACAGCCCCAAAGGGCUGGGGAAAGGGGGGAAGCCGGAGGAAGGCAAGAGCCCAUACUCUGAAUCCUCGGACCCGGGGAGCAAAGGCGAUGGACUCCUGAACGGCUCAUCGGACCCCCACCAGAGCCGGCUGGCCAGCAUCAAAGCAGAGGCGGACAAGAUCUACAGCUUCACCGACAACGCCCCCAGUCCAUCCAUCGGCGUGGCCAGCCGGAUAGAGGCUGGAGUCAUGGCCCAACCCCUCACCCCGCUCCACGUGGUCACGCAGAACGGAGCCGACAACUCCUCGGUGAAGACCAACAGCCCGGCCUACUCGGACAUCUCGGACGCAGGUGAGGACGGCGAAGGUCGGGUGGAGGGCGUCAAGGGCAUCAAGUCCGAGGAGCAUGCCAUCCGAGAGGGGGCCAAGAAGGCCCUGUUCCCCGCCCAAACGCCCAGCAAGGAGUCCCCCUACUACCCCGGCUACGAGACCUACUACUCCCCGAACUAUGCCAACCCCAAUCCCAGCCCGGGGGUGUCGGUCACGGGGUCCGCACUGCAGGAGGGGGCCCAGGUCAAGGUAAAGAAAGAGGAGCAGGAGGAGCCAGGCGACGAGGACCUUAAGGUCAAGCAGGAGCAGCAGGAGGACCGUAAGCCAGAGAUGGGUGCCUCUGGAUCGGGGCAACAGCAGCAGCAACAGGCCUCGGUCAUCCAGCAGCGCUCCAACAUGUACAUGCAGCCUCUCUACUAUAACCAGUAUGCCUACGUUCCCCCAUACACGUACCACCCAGACCAGGCCUACCACAACCACCUGAUGAACACCAACCCAGCCUACCGGCAGCAGUACGAGGAGAGGCAGCGGCAGGCAGCAGCCGAGCAACACCGCGCCGCCGAGAAGAAAUCAGACACUGCUGGAAAGGACAGAGAUCGAGAGGGCUCCUCGGGGAAGGAGCGGAGUGAGGAAUGGAAGCAGAAGGCUUCGGUGCCCCCCACCCUCUCCAAGGCCCCCAGUCUCACAGAUCUGGGCAAAGGAGGGCUGCCCCAGGGCAAGCUGCCCAAAGAGCCCUCGUCCUCCUUGGAGCAGGCCAAGUCAUCGGUCAUCAUCCCCAAGGGUGAGGAUGCCAAGGCGCCGGCCCAGCAGGCCGAGGGGCUGAAGAUGAAGCUGAGCGAAGGAGGGCACCAUGGGAAGGGGGAGGAGCUCAAGGCGGGCAUGGAGUCGGGCAGGCCCUCGGCCAUGGAGCAGGGCAUGUGGUACAGACAGGUAACAUGACCCAGCUGUGUUUGAAUCUGUUGAUUUUGAUUGGAUGUUAGAAACAUUUUACGUAACGAGCCACCCAUUCAAAAUGAGCAGUAUAAAACUGAGUAUUUUUAUAUUUUGAGAAAUGUUUAAGUGAAUGUAAAAAAAAAUUGUAAGACUCAACUGUUGAGAUAUUGUUUGUCAUGAGAUAUGUUGUGUUGUUUUCAGGAGCCUGACUCGCGGCUGUGGCCUUACGUUUACCCCAGCAAGUACCCUGAGGCCCAGAAACCACAGGACGAGGAGCGGUGGAAAGAGGAACGCGACAGGGAAAGGGAAAGAGACAGAGAUCGAGCAGACCGAGAGAGGGACAGGGACCGAGACAACAGAGACAGGGAACGGGACCGAGACAGAGAGAUAGACAGAGACCGAAAGGGCAAGGAGGGCAGGGAUGAGAGGGCUCGGCCCAAAGACGCCACCCCCAAGGAGGAGAGCAAAGAGGGGGCUGAGCCUCGGUCGUCGUUGACGGCCUCUGAGGAGCACAGGGGGAUGGGGAAGGACCCGAGGGCCACUGCUGCCCACAUGCAGUUCUCCUCCCCCCUUGCCCAGCACCAGGGCUACAUGCCCUACAUGCACGGAGCCUAUGCCUACGGCCAGGGCUACGACCCCAGCCACCCGGGCUACCGCGGGAUGCCCUCAGUCAUGAUGCAGAACUACCCUGGUAAGAGUUAAUGCUGUGGGAUACAUACUCCUCUUCCAUUGGGAUUGUGUUUAAAUCUGUAUUAUGAUGAUGUACAAAAAUGACUUGGUGUAUUAACUCCUGCCAUUUUGGAAACGCGUUGUUGAUUCAAAUGUCAUGGUGUCUAACCACCUCUGUCACCUCCAGGUUCCUACUUCUCCUUCUCCCCGUACGGCAGUAAAAUGGGGCCAGGCGAAGAGGGCGGCGAGAAGGCGGCGCGCGCCAGCCCCACGGUCAGCGGCAAGUCCGCCUCGGAGGCAAAGGCCCUGGACAUCCUUCACCAGCACGCCAGCCAGUACAAGAGCAAGUCGCCGACAGUCGGCGACAAGACCCCCUUGCGUGAACGGGAACGGGAGCGCGCUGCUUCCGAACGAGACCGAGAUAUGGACCGGCCACGCUCCUCGCCCUCGCAGCGCAUCCUGCCUUCCCAUCACCACCUGGGCUACCCGCUUCUCUCGGGGCAGUACGACCUGUCCUAUGCCACAGGUGAGUGACAGAUGGACGCCCACAAAAAACGGGCUCAAGCACACGGACACAUCUCUGCAUUUAGUGUUCUAUUAGCUAACUGGUCAAAUAGAGCGCUAUUCUAUGGUAAUCGCCUAACUGUAAAAUUAUAUAACUUUGUAAGGCCCUUUUCUGCUACAUAAGGUACUAUAGAAAAAGUACAAUAAUAACAUGCAAUCCAUGAGUCAUUAUUAGUAUAUGGAGGGUAUGUAACAAGUGGCUCUUUCUUCAUAGGUCUCUCCUCAUCAGCCAUUGUUGCCAGUCAGCAAGCCUCCGCCCCCUCCAUGUACCCACCUGCACGGAGGUGAGAAUGGUAAGCAAGAACCAGAUCCCCUUCACAGCUCCUGAGGACAACAAAUGCUGCAUACACACACACACACACACACACACACACAUCUUCCUGGUGUUUAAACAUGGUCAUUUUUCUGUAGCUAGUUCCUUAGUCAAAAACUGCUGCUGACUAGAGGGAUUUCCUGUUGUUUGAUGACAAACAUACACUGCAUUCUAUGGUGCCCUCUGCUGGACGAAAUAUGAACAAACAUCAACUACAUUUUUUUCCAAGCAUCAUUAGACAAAACAGAAUGUGUGAUUCUCUGUAGGGCGUUACUACAAUAUAGGCUUGAUUAAGCAAUGCUAAAUACAGGCCAAUCAUCUUGUUGAAUGUGGAUUUUAAAUUCUUGCUGUUGUAUAACUCUCCCUGUCUCAUUUUUCCCCACAGGGAGACCUGAUUGGCUGACCUCAACUUUGCCUGGAGCCAUGUGACUGGAUCACAUGAGGAAGCGUGCUGCGGUGCUCGUUUUUAGACAUCAGUUCAAUGGUGUUUGUUGUAUUUUUUGUUGUUUUUGCCUGGUUGUUCCGGCUGAUCUGGUUCCUCCUCCCUCAGCUUCUGUGAUGGCCACCCCACGGCAAGGCUUCCUGUGGCUGGGUUGAGGGCUCACUGAGCCCACCUCCUCUGGUACCGCACAGCCAACCAGCCAGCCAGUCCAUCGACACUUUUGCACUGCUGAGACAUUCACAGGAUGGACUAAAAGGCCUGAAAAAAAGGCCUGAUGAGACUGGCACGUUCUGAUGGGGUGAGCCCCAUCACACAGACGGCCAUUUUGGAACUGGAGAGUGCAAAGGGGAGAUGGGGUCGAUCAGAAACAAACUGGAUUAAGUUUGAAAUCACUACAUGGAAAUAUGGACUUAAUGGAUUGUUCGCAGAUCCUGGGCCUUAGCGUAAUAGAGGUUGCAGCUUGACUUGAGGAAGUGUGUUGUUUCGUCCAUCCACCAACCUACCCACUGACCCUGAGGACAUAUUGAGACAUUCAUUGCAAUGGACCCAUAUUUUUCAGUUGUGUUUUUUGGGGGAUGGUUGUUUGGGCCAGAGGAGGGGUGACUGAGAGGGGACCGACUGGUGUAUGUUGUCCCUGCCCCUCUCCACCACUCUGGGCUUUCUAUGCAAGCCGAAGCUGCUCAUCUCCACAUACUGACAGAAACAGCCCUCCUCUCUGUCUGUUCAGUUUCAGGGGGAGGAACUUUCAAAUUCACGUUCUGUUUAAUCUGUUUUGUGAAAAGUUAUCAUCCGCCUACUUGAGUUCGUUCAGAGAGUAAACCAUAUCCGUGUUUGUUUUUUUGUUGCUUUUUUUGUACGAGGCUUUUGUGCGUUGUUCGUUCCACCGCACAAGUCUCCACACUUCAUGUUUUUUUAGAUUAUUUGAGCAGUUUAUAUUUGUUAUUUUUUUCUUCACAUCUUGACUUGACGACCUUGUUUCCAUCUCACUCUGACCCAGUGGGGAACACUACUGGCCUCUCUCAGUGCCGGCAGCGGCAGCUGUGUCGCGGGUUUCCUUUUCCAAAGGGUCAUCCAGUUUACAAAGCAGCACCAAUGCAUCUGCUACGGCUACAGCUCCCAGCUGCUCAGCUGGGAGAGGACAUAUCUGUGCCUGGAGGUACUUUGGCUCAGAGAGAGAAGAGGAAUGGAGAGGAGAGAAGUACAGAUGCACCAUUCAGAAGCUCUCCAAGCUCUGUGACCCAGGAAGGGAAGAGAGGGAGAAGCCAUCCAUCCUCAAUGGGCACUGUAGAGGCUGGAAGAGGAGAGGGGGUCCAUACAGACAGGCAGCCUAG